GGAUCCUGAGAAGCUGUUGUCAAGCAUCCACAGUACUGCUGAGUUUGCUGAGAAGGGUCGCACUAAUGGAGUACACGAUCAGAAUCGAACCCGACGCCUCAGCUGAUGACAUUUACAUUCAGCUGAAAAAUGGAGGAAAGCUGUCUGAAGAGGUCAAGUUUAAAGAACAAAACACAAUCCUUAACUUUGAGGAUAAACCACAAGAAAUCGUCAUCGAACGGAAAGCAUCUUUUAUUAAAAGGCUGUUCACAUCAUUUUACUGCAAAUACAUUGAGGUGCAGAGCUCGGAGUCUGUCUUCUACUUUCCGGUCUUCAACAAUAUUUCCACCACAAAGGAGACCAUAGCAGAGGGCUCAGGAAAGCUGCCUUGGGAAGAUGAUGAGGAGGAGAGAGAAAAUGGAAUGGAUCUGAAGAAAAAUCUCCAAGACCUUGUUGGCUGGACAGCUCCUUGCAAGAUGACUGCCUCUCACAUGUCACGGCCCAAACGUGGUUUCAGAUAUGAGCAGAUAUCAGACAGUGCUGCCCAUAAGACCCUCUCCCUCAUGUCACUGGCCGAAGAUGAUUCCAGUGGGAUAUUUUGGGAGCUUUGUCCAGAGAAGUGGAAGAAAUCUUUGGAUAAAAUGCAACCUGCAAUUCAGAAGACACAUGAUCGAUUGAAGACUGUAUCCCUGGAUUUUUCACAUAUGAAUAUGGCCGUGAAUCCUAUGGAGCCUCCUCUGGUCGGAAGUCCAGGUUGA